CCUCCCCAUAAUUACUGCCUGUAUUGUAGGUACAGUACAUUAGUGCAGGGAGGCCGUUGACGUCGCUCCGCCUCUGACCGACUGAUUGGCUCAGCUGUCAUGUCGUCGCCCCAGUUCUCUCCGCCACUGGCCAAUGCGCACAAAGCCCUUUCUGUACCCUUUCUCUACUGUAUUAAGAUACGUGCCUUUGUGCACCAUUAUGACGCGACCCCAAUGGCCUCGUAGCAACACCAGAAAUUAGUGCUUGUACAAGAACAGGGCAGUCCUGUUCACACACACACAGCUCGUCUCCAAAUGCGUCCAGGACUGACGGCUAUAGCGGCGGAGAUGCUGAGCGGUGUUUCCUGUAGGGCCCGGCCGAGGCUCGGCAGCCUCUUGCUGGCUCCCCUCACCACAACAGUGCCGUCGAUGUCAGGCACGGGGACCCACAGAUUUCGGUCCACGUCCUCCUUGCAGGGCUUUUCAGAGUUAGCCAGAGAACGGUCGAAGACUGUCACGUCGUUUUACAACCAGUCCGCGAUUGACACGUCUGCAGAAAAGGCCUCAGUGCGACUGACCUUAGCGACCCUGCUGUAUUCUGGGAAGUCUCCCGAUGGACACCACAUCUUGAGCAGUGCCAAGUACCUGCACAAGGAGCUGCCUGUGCGAAUCGCCCACCGCAUCAAGGGCUUCCGUAGUUUGCCCUUCAUCAUUGGUUGCAACCCCACCAUUCUGCAAGUGCAUGAACUGUAUAUCAGAGCCUACCACAUGCUCAUUGACUUUCCACUGAUCAAAGAUCAGGACGUGGAGGCUCGUUUCUGUAAGCUGGUGCAGCAGCUGCUGGAUGACCACAAAGACGUGGUCACCAUGUUGGCCCAGGGCUUCAGGGAGUGUCGCAGACACAUCCAGGAUGAGACAAUCAUCCGCAACUUCCUGGAUACGACGUUGUGCUCUCGCCUGGGAAUCCGAAUGUUGGCCACGCACCACCUCGCCCUCCACGAAGACAACCCCGAUUUUGUUGGGAUCAUAUGCAGACGUCUCUCCCCCAAAAAAAUCAUCGAGAAGUGGGUGGACUUUGCCAGGCGUCUGUGUGAGCACCAGUACGGUAACUCACCCAGAGUGAGGAUCAACGGCCACGUGGCAGCUCGCUUCCCCUUCAUCCCUCUGCCUCUGGAUUACAUCCUGCCCGAGCUCCUCAAGAACGCCAUGAGGGCCACCAUGGAAAGCCAUCUGGAUACCCCAUACAAUGUGCCCGAUGUGGUCGUCACCAUCGCCAAUAACGACAUCGAUUUUGUCAUCAGGAUCUCCGACCGCGGUGGUGGCAUCCCUCACAAUAUUAUAGACAAGGUGAUGGACUACCACUUCAGCACGGCUGAGGAGAGCGCCCAGGACCCUCGCAUGAGCAACCUCUUCAACAGCAUUACCAACAGUGGAAACCAGUCCAGCCCGAUGCAUGGGUUUGGUUUCGGCUUGCCCACAUCCAGGGCCUACGCCGAGUACCUGGGCGGCUCUCUGUCCAUACAGUCUAUGCAGGGCAUCGGCACUGACGUCUAUCUGCGUCUGCGCCACAUCGACGGCAAAGGAGAGAGCUUCAGAGUGUAAAGCUGCCCAUUGGUCACCCUUGUAGAUCCCAACCUAUGAAUUAGGCCAAGUAAGUACAGAGGGUUUCCCACGAGGAAGGCUGGCGUGGACUUACAGGACUUCAGUCCACAAAGUGAAAGCCUACAUAGUAUGUUGACAGAAAGCUCCUAAAUUCACCAGUCACUACGUGUUCCUUUUCUGUUUCGCCUUAUAAUAAUUAUAAGCUAUGUUAGCUCUAAGCUCAGUUGUUUUCCUUUAUGUUCUGUACCCUGUGGCAUGUCGUCUUGAAGUUUUAAGGGGUGUACGAACUUCUGAAUGUUUAGGUUAUCGGGACAAACUGUGCAUGAUAGUGGACGUCGAUGUUACUGCGGAAGGAAAGAAAAAGAGCUUCAGUUUUAGAGAAGCUCACUUUGAAGUUACUUGUCGCAAAGCCUCAAAAUAGGACUUUUCAUGAUGAAGGUUUCGAAUGAAACUUCUGAGACACUCCAGCAACCCCAUCAAAAAUCUCUUCAGAGUGCACCAAGCUGUUCACGAGCUCCCUGAUACAGCAGUAGUUUGAAUAACCAGAUUUUUCCAGUAUGUUAUCAGCUGCUGCACAAGAAUCUAAGGUCUUCAAGGGAAAAGGGCUUCGGCGGCGUCUGGUCAGAGUGGACACGCUCUCCGACAUGAGCUGUAAACCUCAGCCCUUGACAGCCCUUAGCUAUACAAAGCCUUCAGUUCAGCUGUGGCUGAUGGAUGCAGAAGAAACUGCCAAAACACCAAAAGCUCAUUAACAGAGUUCUGUCUUGUUGUGUUUUGAGAACACGCGCCGUGAUGAACGUCUUUAGUAUUUUUGUGGAGCUUUCAGGCAGGGAAGCCGACCGAGAUGUUCAGUGGCCUUAAUGUGUGACGCUAGUCCUUCAACUGCAUGCUGUCUUUCUGUCUUCUCUCUUUCUUUUACGGUUGCCUUCACCGGUUGCACACAGUUGCACACCACGUCAGUAAGUUUCAUUAGUUAAAUGUCAGAUGUUUUUGCACAGUUGUUAUGCUCAGCACUUGCACCAGUCGUAGCAGUUCUUGACUUUAUUAUAACAACUUUCAGAGUAACAAUAUACCGUAGAAGUAUUGCCUGAAAUUGUCAAUUUUCUGUUUUAUUUAACUUUAGUUUAGUUGUUUUUUUUUUCUUACAAAGCUGGUCAGUCGUAUUUCAGGGUUUUCUGUCUUGUUAAGAUAAAUUUUGUACCAGAUUACAUUUCAGGAUGAGUUAGCGGCAGAUUUUCUGCACUGGGAGUUCAGUUUGGCUGAGGUUGUUUGUCAUUUUCAGAUCGGUUUUCCCGGAUCACAGCGUGAUUUUUGUCGUUACCUUAAGACAACAGACGGUCGUGUCUUGUGGGUAGUUUUUGUUCAUGCAGACGUGGUGUUAUUUCACUCACCUGAGAGUUUUGUUGAGCCCCAGCCCACCUGAGUCCCCACUGGAGACCAGGUACAGCUGCGAUCUGCGCUCCACCACGUUUCAAACGAUCAGUUUGACGAUCCGAUGGGGACUUCGUUUGAAAUGUAUUGAGUUGUGAGUUCAGCGCAGGGAUGUGAAACCCUCACAGGCUUCCCACCCAUCAUGAACUUCAUUAUUUCAUAUUUUGUUUUUUAUAUCUGAUGAUGUCGAACUUUUUUUUUCUCAAAUCACCUGAGAGUAAGAGUAACUGUGUAGGACGUGAUGGUCUGUCCACAUCAGCUUCAUGAAGUCUUUCUUAAUCUUGACUCGAGCACAACAAAAACAUUUUGGAGAGAAAAAAGUACUAAUUUACGACGUGAAGUUGUCUUUGUCAAACAAAAACGACAACAUGACCACUCUGUGACCUUGAUGAGCUAAUCUCGGCCUCUCCGAGUGUCCAGCCAGCAGUCCAACAUUCCACACGGAGCCAGCAGCUCGACCCGAAGCGUUUAUCUGUCGGGAGCUUUUGUUACCGUACGAGCUUACGUGGUUUCCUUUCUUUUUGUUUCUUUUAGCAGAGAGGGCAUUGAGAAUCUUGAGCUGUUUUUAACCAGACUGAUUUUGUAAGCCACCAGAGGGCGUUCAGAGCAGUUUCGUACAGCUUUUCACUUUUGUCCGUCGUCGUUUCUGUCAUCGGUCCAAACAUGCAGAACGUUUUACUCUCAAUUUGUAAAGGCUUUAGAUUCACACACUUUGUAUAGACAACCUAAUGGGAGAAUGGGGCUGUUAUUUAGUAGAAAACCUAUAAACAGCACAAGAUUAUUACGUUUUACUUCUGAUGGGACUGAUGUUCACGCGCUAAAAUCCCGAGUCAGAAGGAGAUUUUAGCUCGUGAGACGUCGUGAAAACACAAGUGAACCACUCGUUUCACAUAUUCAAACAUAAUCUGAUUGAAUUUGCGAAACAUUUAUUUUGACAUUUGAUGAAACAAAAACAGCCCCCGUAGUGAACGGCCUCGUCUCUGCCUGUGUGCUCACUGAGGUUGUGUGUAUUCAUACAUGUGUUUGUUGUGGCUUUGAAGGUCCUGAAGAUGUAAUAUGUACGUAGCGUUUGCAUGUAUAGCGGGGCGGGGGGGUUAACAGCAUGCAGCUGCCGGAUGCUGGUAAACAGUGAUUUAAGUUUUGUGUCCCUUUCUGAGACACGUCAGCAGGUGACUGCAGUAUUCUGAGGUGUUUGUCUUUUGCUGGUAAAACGUUGAAGGCGGUUUGUACAUUCUGGAGUCUGGCAGCCAGGCUGUGGCUUUUAUGCAGCAUGUAAAACGUACUGCCUGCCCCCUGCUGGCACAAAAACACAAGUGCAGGCAGACUGAAAAAAUACUGAGCUUUUGAAGGGGAUAAGGAUGUUCGACAGACAAAUGAGUUUCUGGGUUUUUACUCUUCGGGGUUUUUGAUUUUGUAUUUUUUGCAGAUAGAAAUGAAGUGAAUAACAAUUACAAACAUUAUGUACAUCAAUACAAUAUACAUAAAUAUACGUAUCAACAUCAUCCAAGCCAAAUAUUGGGGACAUGUUACUUCUGAAAUGUGCUGCCACAGAGUGUUUUGUCUCCUAGACUGAAAUUAGUUUCUCUCAUGUUUUCUGUUGUGUUCAGGACUCUGUAAACAUUAAAUUUUACUUGGUUGGAAAAGUA